UAGCGUACCGGAAUAUGCACCUCCUCGUCCUCUUCUUAUUGAUUACCCGUGUAGAACAAGCUAACAACUCAAAGAGUAGCUACCAGUGAACUAGUAGCUACCUACAUGCACCACCUCGUCUUCCUCGUCCUCUUCCUCGUCCUCCUCCCCCAUGAAGCCUUGUCCGCCACCGCCGCUGCUGCCGGCGCCGGCGUCGACGGGUGCAACCGCCGGUGCAACGGCACUGUCGUUCCCUACCCUUUCGGCUUCUCUGCCGAUUGUCCCAUCGUUCUCGCCUGCUACCAGACAACCUCCAUGCCGCUCCUCCCGCGCAGCACCGCGGCCGUGCCGUACCCGAUCAUGUCGUUCAACUCCACCGCCUCCACCUUCGUCGUCACCCUGGCGCCCUCGUGCAACCGCAGCGUCCUCGAGGCCAAGGAGUCGCUCAGCGGCGCCGGCUACGGCGUCUCCUCCCGCACAGGGCUCUUCCUCCGCGGCGGCUGCAGCACGUCGGCGGCGUCCAACUGCACCGUCCCCGGGGACAUCAUUACCAGGAUGCUCCGCACGGCGCAGUGCAGCGGCGUUGGCAACGACACGACCUGGACGUGCGUCGCCUCGGCGCCGCCGGCACCGAACUCCACAGCGGCGGUUCGUGCGAAGGAACUGCUCCAGUUCCUGGACUGGAAGAACGUGCAUGCCGCCGGGUGCGACGACGCGCUGACGGCGGCGCUGUACGUGGACACGCAGCAAGGGGUGCCGUCGCUGGAGUUCGGCGUGGCGGAGCUGGGCUGGUGGCUCAACGGGACGUGCGCCGCCGCGGACGGCCAGUGCGCGCAGAACGCGACGUGCCACGACGUCGAGACGCCGAACGGGGAGCAGGGUCACCGGUGCGUGUGCCGGAGCGGGAUGCACGGCGACGGGUACGUUGCCGGAGAGGGGUGCUACGGUGACCCUGCCUCUAGCCCGAAGCAUGGCAAGCUACCGGCGCUGGCCGCCGGUGUGUGUGCCGCUUUCGUCGCGUUCUUGCUCGCCGUCAGCCUCUCGGCUUGGUUCCUCCUCCGGCGGCUGAAACAGCAGAGAUCCACGCUCAUGAUGAUGAAGACAUCCGAACAAGCACCGAAUGGUGAACGACUUUUCCGCGGUAAACCCGUGGAAGACGACCUCGAGCAAGGGGAGACCGGGCCCCGGCGAUUCUGCUACCACGAGCUCGCCGCCGCCACCGGGAACUUCUCCGAUGACCGGAGACUCGGGAGAGGAGGUUUUGGGUCCGUGUACCGGGGUUUUUUGACCGACACAAACCGCGACGUGGCCGUGAAGAGGGUGUCCGAGACCUCGCGACAGGGCUGGCAGGAGUUCGUCUCCGAGGUGAGGAUCAUCAGCCGGCUCCGGCACCGCAACCUCGUGCAGCUCAUCGGCUGGUGUCAUGGCGGCGACGACGAGCUCCUCCUCGUCUACGAGCUGAUGCACAACGGCAGCCUCGACGCUCACCUGUACAAGCCGGGCAACCCGCUGACGUGGCAGGUCAGGUACGGCAUCGCGCUCGGCGUCGGCGCCGCGCUGCUGUACCUGCACCAGGAGGCGGAGCGGCGCGUGGUGCACCGGGACGUCAAGCCGAGCAACGUCAUGCUUGACGCGUCGUUCAACGCCAAGCUCGGCGACUUUGGGCUCGCGAGGCUCAUCGACGACGGCCGGCGGUCGCACACGACGGGCGGCGCCGGCACGAUGGGGUACAUCGACCCGAACUGCGUGAUCGCCGGGAGGGCGAGCGUCGAGUCCGACGUGUACAGCUUCGGAGUCUUCCUCCUCGAGAUCACCUGCGGCCGGCGACCGGCGGUGCGCGUGCCGGGAGACGUGGACGACUUCGUCCACCUGGCGCAGUGGGUCUGGGACGCGUACGGCGGCGGGAGCGUCCUCGACGCGGCCGACGCUCGGCUGAACGGGGAGUUCGAUGGCCGGGAGAUGGCGUGCACGAUGCUCGUCGGGCUCUGGUGCGCGCACCCCGAUCGCAGCCUGCGGCCAACCAUCAGGCAGGCCGUCAACGUGCUGCGGUUCGAGUCACCGCCGCCGCGCCUGCCCGCGAAGAUGCCAGUUGCGAUGUAUGGGCCGCCGUCUGAUCCGUCUGGCUUCGUAACUUCGUCUGCAGAAGCGACAGCGGGUGGCGGCGGCAGCAACGGUGCUGGCACUGGGGGUUCCAGCACACCAGAGCUGACGGCGUAGUCCAGUUUGAUGGAACGAACGGCAAGCAAUGGAUGCAUCCAUAUGAAAUUUGGGUUUUCAGAAAAAAUUCAGAGCACAGUGUAGGAUUCGAUUUCAUUUUCGAAGUGACAAUCGUUACCUUUUGCCGUCCAAA